CUGCAACAAGUCAACCUGAACGUUCUACUCCCUUCUACACACACCACUUCGAGAUCUGAAUCGGCAAAUUUGGAGUUUGUUGUCAAUCAAACAUGUUCCGUAACCAGUAUGAUAGCGAUGUCACCGUGUGGAGUCCUCAAGGGAGACUCCAUCAGGUUGAAUAUGCCAUGGAGGCAGUUAAACUGGGCUCGGCCACUGUGGGCCUGAAGAGCAAGACACAUGCUGUGAUUUUGGCCCUGAAAAGAGCCUCGUCAGAGUUGUCUGCCCACCAAAAGAAGAUCAUUCCAAUUGACAACCACAUCGGAAUGUCCAUUGCCGGCCUCACUGCUGAUGCUAGGAUCCUUAGUCGCUACAUGCGCACUGAGUGUCUUAACUACCGCUAUUCUCACGAUGACGCUCUGCCUGUGUCUCGAUUGAUUACUGACGUUGGCAACAAGAUGCAAGUUUGCACUCAGCGCUAUGACCGCAGGCCCUAUGGAGUCGGACUACUCGUGGCUGGCUUUGAUGACAAUGGCCCUCACAUUUACCAAACCUGCCCUUCGGCGAACUACUUUGACUGUAAAGCAAUGGCCAUUGGAGCCAGGUCUCAGAGCGCCCGCACAUACCUUGAGAAGAACUUGGACAAAUUUGCUGAUUGCGACCUUGAGGAGCUGGUCAAGCACGGUCUGAGAGCUUUGAGGGACACUCUGCCCAAUGAAGUUGAUCUUAGCACUAAGAAUGUUUCCAUUGGCGUGGUUGGCGCUGGCUUGGAUUUCACCAUCUAUGGAGAGGAAGAGAUGUCACGACUCCUAACAGCUAUCGAAGGAGAGGAGCGUCGUGGCGGAACUCAAGCAGCUGCCGAAGCUGCCCAGCCUCCAGCGGCAGAGCCCGCAGCUGCUGAGGGAGAAGCCAUGGAAACGGAAUAAAAUUUGCAAUUUAUUUAAUUUACAUUCAUAAGAUUGUACUUUUUUAAUGUCUCUGCUGGCGCUACCAAUUAUUAAGUUGGUUGCAACAAAUAAAAAUGGUAUUGCAAAGAAA